UUGUAUGCAACGUGUGCAACUUGUGUAUGCACCCAACAGAGAAAACUGAUGACAGCGAUUAGAAGACAUCUAGAAAAGCUGUAACAGAUCUCCGAAUUUCUUCAAUUUUGUGAAUUUUCAAAGACUCAUGCUACCUGUACACAAGAACGAUGAGCUUUACAAGCCUAGAUUCAAAUUAUGGGUGACAAUCCAGGCGUGGUGGAAGAUCAUCUAUUCAGAUGCGACUUCCCGGAAUCUCUUUUUCUUCCUGUUCCUGAAUCUUUCCUUUGCAUUCGUAGAGCUGUCUUAUGGAAUUUGGUCAAACAGCCUUGGACUGAUCUCCGAUUCCUUCCAUAUGUUUUUCGACUGCACUGCCUUGCUUGCUGGUCUCGUCGCUUCGAUCAUCUCAAAAUGGAGAGCUAACGAUAAAUUCUCUUACGGCUAUGUUAGAAUGGAAAUUUUAGCUGGCUUUGUGAACGCCCUCUUCCUUCUCUUUAUUGCGUUUUUCAUUUUCUCCGAAGCUGUGGAGAGAGCCGUGGAACCGCCUGAGGUCCGUCAUGAGCGGUUAUUUAUCGUGUCUGUUCUGGGACUCCUGGUGAAUCUAGUCGGUAUUUUCUGCUUUGGUCAUGGCCAUGCACAUGGAGGAGAAGGCCACGGUCACAGUCACGGCGCUCCGGCCAACUCACACGGUCACUCACAUGUAGAGAGCUUGAGCAACACUCUGGCCAAAGAUAGCCCUGGUCAUGGUCAUUCACACGGUGGACAUGGGCAUAGUCAUGGUUUAGGUUACAAGGACGAGGAUUCCCAACAUCAGCACACACCACAAGGGAGCUCAAAACAGAUCCUUAAAGGUGUUUUUCUUCAUAUUUUGGCGGAUACGUUAGGCAGUGUGGGUGUGAUAAUAUCUGCCCUUCUGAUACAGUACUUUGGCUGGAUGUGGGUCGAUCCUGUGUGUUCCAUGUUUAUAGCUCUACUUAUUAUGGUCAGCGUCUUGCCAUUGCUGGCGGAUUCAGUGAGUAUUCUAAUGAUGAGGACUCCAAGUGAGAUAGAGGUAGAGCUACCAAGCUGCUAUCAGAAGGUUGGUAACUUGGAGGGUGUCUACAGCAUCCAAGACAAACAUUUUUGGACUCUCUGCACCGAUGUCUACGUGGGCACCUUGAAGCUAGAGGUCGCCCCCAACGCUGACGUCAAAUACAUCAUUACUCAGACUCACAAUAUAUUUUCACAGGCUGGUGUUCGGCAGCUCUAUGUACAGACCGAUCAUACCAGCGCAUGAUGACAACUUUGACUGAUCCCUUUAAAGCUUGCCGAAACAUCCCUUUCAAUGAUGGUACCUCAAUCAACUAUGUCACCAAGUGGACUAUGCUCUUCAGGAGGGCGUUUCACAAAACUUGUCAUCAGUGACAAAUGACAGUUUUUGUUAUAAGCUACUGAAAUCCUUGCUUUUGAUUGGUCAUCAGCAGAUUUGUCACUGAUUUUUGUCAUUUGUCAUUGAUAAAAGGUUUUGUGAAACGCCCCCCAGGAACACCAUACAGUGACCGGAGGACAGAUGUGAAGUCCGGCAUUGGACUGUUUGUGCUAAUUUUUAAGUGCAAAUGUUGACAUAAUUAAUAUUUGAUCAUGUAAAGCAAAAGUUCAAGGAGGUGUUUAGACAUAAUUGCACUUUUAAUUAUCCUGGUCUCUGUUAAUUUUUGAAUUCAUGUGUGUAAGGGAAUCAUGUUUGUAUGCCCUUGGCUUUGUAAAGCGUCAUCUUUGGUAAACAGAUGAGGAUUCCUGCCUCACCUGUAUUAACCCUAAAAAGGACAACUUAGUUUGGUGCUCUCUCAGCCAAGGUUGGGGAGGGGGGGGGG